GCCUUCGUGUCCAUAGCGACGGCGGCGGCGGCGGUUGUCCGCUUGCUUAAGGAGGCGCCGCCGCCGCCAGGAUCUCAGAUCUAGGAGUUAACCCCGAGGGGGAGUGGGCUCCCCCUCGCGACAGCGGGGACACACAGUCCUGUAGAACGAAGAGACGGUCCCCGACGUCCAGCAACGCCUAAGAAAAGCAGCAGCGGGCGAGGGGCAGCCAUGAACGACCAGCUGAGUCCAGCCCCGGGCCGCUAGGGGAAGAAGCUCCAGCAGCCCCUCAGCUCUCCUCGAAACCUCGGAAUCUAAGAGGAUGGAAGCCAGUACCUGUAAGAUCAGUGAAUCUGAGGAAGACUAUGUUGAGGAAGAGGAAUCUGAGGAGGAGGGUGUUAAAGAGAAAGCUACCACGCCUAACUCUUCCCAGGCACUUGCAAAGGCUGACUAUAAAGAAUUGGACAAUGAGGUUCCCUUAUCUGUUGUAGCCAAGAAAAUUCCAAAGAAAAUCGCAACUGCAACAGAUACAGAUGAUUUAGAACUUGGGCGGAGAAAGAGAAAGCGGAAACGCAGACCCCUGGCCAUCAACCUGACCAACUGCAAGUAUGAGAGUGUGCGCCGGGCAGCCCAAAUGUGUGGCCUGAAGAAAGUGGGGGAGGAUGAAGAGUGGACUGUGUACUGGACAGACUGCUCUGUCUCACUGGAACGAAUCAUGGACAUGAAGAGGUUUCAGAAAAUCAACCACUUUCCUAGCAUGACAGAAAUCUGCCGCAAAGAUCUGCUGGCUUGGAACCUCAACCGCAUGCAGAAGCUCUAUCCUACUGAGUAUAACAUCUUCCCACGUACCUGGUGCCUUCCUGCUGACUAUGGGGACUUUCAGGCUUAUGGUCGUCAGCAGAAAACCCGCACUUAUAUCUGCAAGCCAGAUAGUGGCUGUCAGGGGCGUGGCAUCUUCAUCACCCAAACCCCCAAGGAGAUCAAGCCAGGAGAGCAUAUGAUCUGCCAGCAGUACAUCACCAAGCCCUUCCUCAUUGAUGGCUUCAAGUUUGACAUGCGAAUCUAUGUCCUGAUCACUUCCUGUGACCCUCUCCGGAUCUUCAUGUAUGAGGAAGGCCUGGCCCGUUUUGCCACCAUGCCCUAUGUGGAACCCAGCCAUAAUAACUUGGAGGAUGUCUGUAUGCACCUGACCAACUAUGCUAUCAACAAACACAAUGAGAAUUUUGUCCAUGAUGAUGCUGUGGGCAGUAAGAGGAAGCUGUCGACACUCAAUGCCUGGCUUCGAGAGCACAGCAAUGACCCCCGAGAGCUGUGGGGGGACAUUGAGGACAUCAUCAUCAAAACCAUCAUCUCAGCCCACUCUGUUCUUCGCCACAACUACCGAACCUGCUUCCCCCAAUAUCUGAGUGGAGGUACAUGUGCCUGCUUUGAGAUCCUUGGUUUUGACAUCUUACUGGACCACAAGCUAAAGCCCUGGCUGUUGGAGGUAAACCACUCUCCAAGCUUCACCACAGACUCCCGACUAGAUCGAGAGGUGAAAGAUGCACUUCUUUGUGACACCAUGAACCUUGUCAACCUCUGGGGCUGUGACAAAAGGAAGGUGAUAGAGGAGGACAAGCGUCGCGUCAAGGAGCGGCUUUUCCCAUGCCACCAACAGCCACGAGAAGCCACGCGAGAACAAACUGAGUCAUCCCAGGCAGCCAUGCAGGACCAGGAACGAUACGAAGAUUCCCACUUAGGGGGAUAUCGGAGGAUCUACCCAGGGCCUGACUUGGAGAAGUAUUCGCCCUUCUUCAAACAUAAUGGCUCCCUCUUCCAGGAGACUGCUGCCUCCAAGGCCAGAGAGGAGUGUGCCAGGCAGCAACUGGAAGAGAUUCGACUAAAGCAGGAACAACAGGAGAACCUAGGCACCAAGAAGCGAAAGGAAAACAAGGACCAGAACCAGGGACAAUCAGCUGGGGAGAAGAGCCGAUCCAGAGCAGGGACAUGGAGCCUUUCCACCCACUUGGCUUACAGGAACCAGAACCGGGAGAAAGAGCUGCUACCAGUACACCUGGACACCAUGCAGCCUCAAGACAUUGUGGAAGAAGAGGAGCUCGAGCGGAUGAAGCUCCUGUUACAAAGGGAGAAUCUCAUCCGAAGCCUGGGUAUUGUAGAGCAGCUCACUCAUAUGCUGUACCCCAGCCACCAGGGCUAUAGAAAACUUCAUGAGUAUCGGCCUAGAUUUCACCAGGAUAGGCUGGGCAGUCAAGAACUGCAACCUGUGAAUCUGGUCCCAUUGGUGUUCCUGAGAGGGGCUGCCUCAGAGCAGGUCCCUCCUCAUUUCUUGCAACCACUUCAGCCCCAUGAAUUGAUCCCCAGGAUCUUAGGGCCACUAUCAAGCAUGAAUGCCGCAAUUGCACAAAAUUCCAGGUGCUAUCUGCAGCCUAAGAACUCCAACCAGAUAAGUGAUCCAGCAGCCAUUAGCCUCUUGGAAGAAAUCUUGGAGGCACUAUUUUUCCAGCUCUAGAGUCAGGCUCACCAGUCGUAAAAGGAGAAGGGAAGCCCAGUACUCAUCCAAAAGAGCAAAUGGCCUUCAAUUUUUGCUCAGUGAAAGACUGCCAUCAAGUUCCAGUUAAAAACACUGACCAGAAACCAUGUUGCUAAAGGCAAAAAACGAAAACAUCGAGAAUUCUUCAACACUCUAGGAUUGUUUGCGGAUCAGUAAAGACUAAAAGAUGAAGAGUUAAGGCCAGCAUGUACGCAUCUGCUUCAUCAAGGCUUAGGCUGGGUUUAUUGAAGGGGUGGGUCUGAACCCUGGGUGUGGCCUGGGGCUGGAGGUUCCUGGGCGACAAGGAAUCCUUUACCCAGUGGAGCCAAAGCCCAAGGCAUGGUGGUGUCGCCCUCAGAAGACUGCUGAGGGUCCACCCUUCCUACUACAGUGGCAGAAUCGGGCAGGCCAGGGUAGCUUGUGCCAGAAGGGCGGCUCUCAGCAAUUGAAUCCGUCUUUUUAUUAAAGUUUAUGUCGUUUUCCAGGCGCGUCCUGUACCACCUUUCCACACCCGCAUCUAAGGCAAGCUCUUCUCAUAGUUACUGCGGGAAAGCCCGGCUUGAUGGCUUAGACCUGUAAUCCCAGCUACUCCGGAACCUGAGGGAGGAGGAUUAGGAGUUCAAGACUUGGCUCUGACAACUCAGACUCUCAAAAAAUUUUUUUAAGGGCUGGGCUCAGUGAAGCCUGACUAGCGUGCGCGGAGCCCUUGCUUGGGCCCCCAGCACCACAAUACAAAUCAGUAACUGCAGGAAAGGAUCCGCACC